GUUUGACCGACGAAGAAUUCUAAUAAGAAAAAUUAAAAAAAAAAAAAAUUGGUAAACGCUCCUUUCUUCGUCUUCUUCGUCUUCUCCUCUGUAAUUUGUUUGUUUCUGCGCUUCCUCAACACGAUACAAGGGAAGAGAAAGCAAGUGAUUUUUGUUUAUAUGUGUGAAAUUGGAAGAUAAUACUAUGAGUAGGCACUCAGUUGCAGGUGCUUCUCGCACCACCUUCUUCCAAAGGAUCAAGAAUACAUGCCUCAAUUCAUCUUUCCCUGACUCAGGGAAAGGGAGAAGUAAAUCCUCUGGCAAGAGGUUGUCUCAUGGAUUUCAGUUGGUGGAAGGAAAAUCCGGCCAUGAUAUGGAAGACUAUCAUGUUGCUGAGUAUCGGAAAAUCAAGAAUCACGAGCUUGGAUUAUUUGCUAUCUAUGAUGGUCAUCUUGGGGAUCGAGUGCCUAGUUAUUUGAAAGACAAUCUUCUCCGCAACAUCCUUCAAGAGCCCAACUUCUGGGAUGACCCUAAAACCGCAAUUAAGAAUGCUUAUAAAAAAACCGAUAAGUUUAUUUUGGAGAAUUCUAUGCAAUUAGGCGCUGGUGGCUCUACUGCUGUUACUGCAAUUGUCAUUGAUGGCAAGGACUUGUGGGUCGCCAAUGUUGGCGAUUCUAGAGCUGUUAUCUGUGAGAGAGGCUGUGCCAAUCAGCUUACCGUGGACCAUGAGCCACAUACCGAAAGGAAAAGGAUUGAGAAGCAGGGUGGCUUUGUCACAACUCUUCCGGGAGAUGUGCCUAGGGUUAAUGGCCAACUUGCGGUUGCCCGAGCUUUUGGAGAUCAAAGUCUUAAAGCACAUUUAAGUUCGGAACCUGAUGUAAGACAUGUGCCCAUAGACUCAACUAUGGAGUUCGUUAUAUUGGCAAGUGAUGGUUUGUGGAAGGUCAUGCAGAAUCAAGAGGCAGUUGAUUUGGUGAAACCCAUCAAGGAUCCACAAGCUGCUGCUAAGCGCUUAACGACCGAGGCAUUGGCAAGAAAGAGUAAGGAUGAUAUAUCGUGCAUUGUGAUCCGUUUUGGUUGAGUCUGCUUACUGUCCAUUUUCAAUUAAGAGCUGGUUGGGUGUGUUUGAAGCUGGAAAUAGGGGACUAUAUCUGGGUCUGAGGCUUUGAUUUAUGUAGUUUUUUUUGUUAGAAAUGUUCAUGCUAGAGCAAAGUUAAGAUGGAAGUGAUGAAGAUUUUUUAUUUGACCAAGGGAAGAGAUACCCUCAUUAAUCCACGAGUGAUGGGCGAUCUCCUCACACGGGUGAGUCCAUGUAGAUUGCUGGGUUGGAGUGCAGUUAAUGAGGUUAAUUCUUUCACUGGACGAAUGAUAGGAAUUUUAAAUAAAAAUGCUUCAGAUUCUAAAUCUGUGUAUAGGUUGUGAACAUAAAUAAGAUAAUAUGAUUGAUGCUUGUAAUAUAUGUAGUGGUGGCUGCUAUAUAUAGGACUCUGCUUGCUGCUUGGGUAAUGCAAUCUUGUUAUUUCACUUA